AUGCCUGAUUUUCACAGUCGUCCUGUUUCCGCCCUCCAGGUUGCGCCGCGCUUCCAUAUCCCGUGCGGCGCAUUCUCAUCAUACCCCGGGCCCCUUGUCGCUACGACCAUGGCCGACAAGCCACCAACAAGUCAUCUUCGGGCCCUGAUCAAGUCUGCGGCGCCCAAGUUCGCCGGUGCGGACCUCGAGCCGGUCCCGUCGGCCAGGCCGCAGGUGCACUUCUUCGCAACAGCCUCGGACGCUGAUGUCUUGAUGCUGUCAUUGUCGCCCCGACCAACUGGCCUUCUUCGCUCCGAACGACUUCUUAUUCUGUCCGAGGCUCUCCUGCUCCAAUGGCUGUCCGGCCCCGCCACCGAGACCUGGCCGACACAUGCGAACGAUGCUGCGCCGCACCAGACCAGCCCAGCCGCCCGGGCCAAAAGCAUCGGAAACAGCCAUAUAUCCCGCCGCCCUUGUCGUCUGCUGCAGCAGUUCCUGCCAAGGUUGGUGGAGCACGGCAUGGCAGGGUCUGCUACCCACGGUGAAUACAUCCUGACCAGGCCUGUCGCGGGCACCGUGAUUGCAGCCUUGGCAAACCCCCUUGGCAGGGCCGAACGUAAAAGCGUCGAUUUCCAGGUUGGCCAGCUCCUGAGGCGCAUCUCAUCACAGCAGUCGCCCAAUGGCAAAUUUGGCACCGCAAUCGCCGUCCUGUCAUCCGAGUCAACUGCUCCCACUUUGUCGCGGAGACGAGCGGCUGUACCGGAUCACCAUUUGCGCCAUGACCGGUGGUCCGAGGCCUUCUUGUCCCUCUUGGAAGCGGCCCUACGAGAUGCUGAGGAUUUCAAGGUUGCUAUUCAGUAUGCCGCGGUGCGAGACCAAGUCAGCCGUUUUACGCGAUUCCUGGAUGCAGUUACGAGCCCCCGUCUGGUGGCGAUCGAUGCAGGCGAGGACACCAGCACGCUCGUCUCUCCCCAUCCCGGUCCCCGUGUCCAUGAGAACAGGCAACAAAACAACCAAUGCAUUCAACCCGACGGGCGGCGGCACGACGACAGCGCCUUCGAUACUGACAUCAAUAGAACCUCAAGGUCGAUGGCUCAUCCAGAGCGAGAGUCAAUUCAAGUCACGGGACUCCGACAUUGGGGCAACUGCAUCUUUGGAGAUCCCCUCCUCGCUUCUGUGCUGAGCCGAAAUGCCAGCCCAGAAAUCUGGGACGGGUUCCAAAGCCCUCUCCGAGAUCACGAGUUCGAGGUUCCUGAUAUGCAGCCUCAGCCAUUGGAGGACUUGCGAAACGCAGGCGUCCGCCGUCUCCUGUAUGAAUGCCACCACGCAGUGACGGCAAUAGUGAGAGAGUACUGCCGCCAGUGCGAUGACAGCGAUGACAGAGAAAUGCCAGCUCGGAGAAGGCUUACGCAAGCCCUCCGAACGUUGGACAGCCUGGACGACUCCGGCAAGGAGAAACGCCCGCACCCAAGCGGGGAAAUGUCCCCGGCCAAGAGACCAAAGUCGGACGGCGGCGGUGCCGGGUGA